AUGUCUGCUGGGGCGGGUCUGGAGACAAGGCCGGAGCGGGAAUGCCCGCGGGUUGUACCCGCAAGCACGGCAGUGGCCGUGGCUGCCUUCUACCAAGAGCGGGAAGGGGGCAGCGAACAUCAAGGCGCGUGGGGUACCGCGUGCACUCUACAUCAUCAGCUGGCGGGGCCCGGAAAUACGUAGCUGUGGGAUGGUGGAGUUCAAAGACACGAGAAAGCCGUCGUGUGCCUGUCUGCUACACCGCUACACCGAGGAACGUCGGGACGCCGAGGGACGUCGGGUGUGGGCGGGUGGGGAGGGAAGCAAAACGGACCAGCCGCGCGGUGGAUUUCCGCGGGCACUAUCUUCAUUUUGGUUGGUACCGGAAUGUGUUUUAUUUUUUUUUUCUUUUCUGAUUCUUUUGUAUGUGGCGUUUAGCAGUAAAGGGCGAUAACUUGUAUUGCACGUGAAUAGUCGCAAGUGAGGCGCUGUUGCGGACUUGCAUAGAUCGCUGUUAAUUGCUUGUUGAAAUCCAUGGGUGUUUCCGCCGCCACAUGCUCGAGUUUCACGCGUCACCGCUUGUUUUGUGUUCCCUGUGUGGCCUGUGUGGUUGCAGAAUAAGGGAGGGUGGCGCCGUGCGUGUUUUUUUUGUUUUGGAGAGUGUAAUGCUCGGAGAGUUUUGCGCCCGGUCUGCAGAUAUUCUGCAACGUGACAGAGUUAUGGUCGUCCUCUCAUGAUUGAGGUGGAACUAUUUCGAUCUUGCAGUUAUUGGAUGACGGAGGGCGUUGCCUCUUGGGUGUUGUUGGACUCUAUUUACGGGAGGAGUUUGGUCGUGUUUCCACGAUGUUGCAUGUACCAUGUGUCUGAUUUGUUGAUUGAAUGCUGGACGAUCGCCACGUGUAUGUGCUUCUAGGCAACCAAGUGACUGAGUAGUCUGGUGAAUAAGACCAUGUAACGAGUAAGGAUACGCCGGGAGUUCGAAUCUCACCAGGCGUCGCCUUUGUUCAAGGAAUGAAGAAAGGAAAGCGCCUUUCCGAGAAGGGGAAAGCGACGCGCGUUGUUUGGCACACUAGAGAGGGCGUAUGAAGUCGUCCCCAACUACUAGGCAUGUGUUGCGUAAGAAAGGGCAUACGGCGUGUAGACUAUCAGUGUUAUUCGAGGAGCGGACAAUGGAUAUCAGGUGCAUUGUAGGUGGCUAUUUUGGCCAAGUUUGUCGUACGACCUCACCAGAAGGGUAGGGGGGUGGUUGAUGAUUUGUUUUUGUGCUGCGCAGGGAGGACCUUGUCGAGUAAGCCGAGCGUGGCGUAGAGAGCGAGCCGGGGGCGGUGGUAGAUGUUGUCUUGCCUUGAUGUUGCAGUACGGCCGUUGGAAUCUUUCGUGAUAUGAACGGCGUGAAGGCGUUGAGAUUUGUAAGGGGUUUUGAUCCGAUGGCGGGUUUCCCCUUGUUUCUGAUUUGCGUUGUUUUAGCUGCUUUUCGGAUGUACUCUUCGACGCACGAGUGGUGGUUAUUCACUGGCGUAAAGAACCAAGGGAGGGUGUUCGUGCGUGGAGGUAGAUUAGUCGGAUUGUACCAAAUCGCUGGCGGUUUCGUGUACCGCAGAUGGGAUUGCCUUGGGGGGCGGCUAGGAGAGACCUUGAGAUACGAGUUGCGGGCCCCCUUUCCGACUGGCUUUGGGCCUGGCACUCUUCCUCCCUCCUUCUCCCUCAUGCCCCCCUACGAUAAUACAUGCCGUUAACAACACUCUUUGGACUAUGGAGGUCACACAACAAGGGCAUA